AUGUCCGUAGAUACCCCACCUUCCAUCAAGCUCAACGGAGCUACAGAGCCCACCACCAUGGCGACCGAAUCCACAGUCCCGCGUGUUGACGAAGCUGUUGCACCGAGCGCUGAGAGACCGACGCCCGCGCGGGCUGACACUACCUACUCCAAGUAUUCCAUGAUGUCGGUGCCACCGGAGGGAUCCAUCUUGACCGGCAAGCAAGAGCACUACCUCAAGCGCGAACUCAUAUCACAGCAGACCAAGUACGAGAUAUCCGAGCUCAACACGCCAACAGCUCUGCAACGCUUUGGCGCGCCUUUUCGUUCAGAUGCGGGGGAAGUUGCGCCUGAGGACUCUGAGCUGCCCCUCCUACGAUACAUCUUCGUACAUCAUGUCCGAAACUUUCCUUUCCUGGACAAAGCCAAGGAGAAGGAGUUUUGGCAAGACAAGCUCCAAGUCAUGGUGAUGACUGACGUUGAGCAGUUCCUCGAGUCCUUCGCGAGCAAAGACAUUUCAUCGUCCGAAGACCGGCUAGAGGAGACGAAGCGACGAAAGCUGGCGCUCAAGGCGCAUAAACUGGUGGAGCUCAUGAUGGUAUCUGGUGUCCCCACUGCAUCUGGUUAUGAGGAAAGGAUACGCUUUGCAGAGAUGGAGAUUGUGGACCGAGGGGCAAAUGAGAGAGGGCUUACGAUGAAUGCGCCCAGCGGGCACUCCAUCAACGGCUGGGACGUCAACAUCUCGGGGGUGCGGACAACGUCAGUGAAGAAGCAUCUGCGAUACCACACACAUGCGGAGUACAUUAUCCGCGUGAAACAGGGAGAUGGCAAAGACUUCUACAUCGGCCGGCGCUACGCAGACUUCGUUCAGCUUCACAAGCGCAUACGUCUAGAGUUACCCGGCAAGGUGCUCCCUCCACUUCCUCGGAAGAACAAGAAGGAUGGUUUGUUGUCGUCUUCAAACGCAGAUGAUGACGACGCAAGCUCAAUCUCAUCAGCUUCCACUCAAGGGCCGCCACCAUCAGAACCCCAAGAGAGCAGCAGUGGAGGAGGUCUACGAAGCUACUUGUUUGGUGGAAGUCACAAGAGGAACGCCUCACAGUCUUCACUAGGAGGGAAAUCAAGAUCUCCACGAGCAUCUGGAGAGCACUCGCCUUUCAAGCAGGCACGUAAGCUGUAUAGAGAGGAGCAGCGUGUGUCGCUUCGCGCCUUUCUGCGCAACUUCCUUCACAAUGAACGCAUCGCGCAAUCGAACGCCAUGGCGGAAUUCCUUACCCACGACCCAAUAGAGGUGAAUGAGGAAGAAAUGGAAGAUAUUGCACGAAGAGAAGAAAUGGAUGCCAAGCGGAUACAAGAGCAAAAGCAGUUCUACGAAGUUGCAAGGCAACGGGCUGCAGAGCUUGACAUACACAUGGAGAAGUUCAGACGCGAAAUUGUCGAAGCCAACGGUCUCACCAAUCUCUUCGCAGAAGUCAAGGCCAAGAACACCAUCCGGGAACUCAAGCCUGAAUACCAAAAGUUUGCGGAAUGGUUACGCAUAGAAAUUGCUGCCACAAUAUACCACCUCUUCCUUGCAGAGGAUAAUUCCCCUGAGCUCUUCGCGCAAUUGAAGCGAAUACACUCGCUUGUACCGUAUGGUGUGCUCAAAAACGUCAUCAGGAUAGCCAACCCAGCGGCUGUCAUGAGUGGAGUACUGGAUCUCUUCCUUGCACAGCCAUUCGGAGCGCGGUCACUGCUGCAACGAAUCUUUGGCAUGGCUAUUCAUGACGGCGUCAACUCGGUACAAAAAUCUAUCGACACCCUGUCUUCUACCAAGAUCAAGGAUGAUGUUCUUUGCGCGAAGAUCAAGGCUUACGUGCAGGCGGACGAGCAGGUCAAGGACGUCAUACGACAGGAGGCAGCAAAGGAGGACGUUGACGUCGUUAUCACGAUCCUCCGAUCUGACUUCUUUGAGCCUGAGCUGAGUUCGCAGCAAGUGGAGAAGGUCUUUAAUGCCUACGUCGCGUGGAAUAACGCGGUAGAAAACACAAGGCCUGGCCGAUUGAGCCGAAUGACCAGCAGUCGUAGCAACCUAACAACGGGUGCAGUUGGCAACGCUCCAGUUGAUAAAGAGUUCAAACAAGGCGCUGAACUGUUCGCACAUCUGAAGCAAUACCUCAAGCUGUGUCUCCGACAGAGAGACAAGAUGAUGAUGCUUCAAAUCAUCGAAGAGCUCUUCCGUGAUUUAUUCACAAUCUUCUACGAGCCACUCGUCCGCGUGUACAAGUCGGCAAACGUGUACAACAGUAUAACUGACUUUGCGAUGUUCGUUGAUGACACCAUUAAGACUAUCGAAGCCUGUCAGCGUCAAGAGAUUUCCGCAGACCCCAACCAGACAGUGCAAGCAUUCAUCGAUCUGUGCGCGCGACACGAAGAUAAUUUCUACAAGUUCGUUCACGAAGUGCACCUCCACGACAAUGGGCUUUUCGACCAACUCAUGGGCUGGCUUGAAGGUAUCCUCGAAUUCUUGAGACAUGGCCCCACUAGCGGUGGCAAGCUUGACAUGAAUGCGCUGGUUCAGGGUGCGAUGGAUUCUGGUGUGAUUGACAAGAACAAGGCCACCAGGGAGAUCAACAGUCUCAUCAAGUGGCAGACAGCGAGGAAAAAGUGGCACUCGGACAAGACAAGGCAGAAGAUGGCCAGUGGAGGCGACGAACCCGAUGGCUUGUUGGGCGGCGGCAUGGCUGGAUUCAAGUCUAGUGACUUUGGACUGAACGAGCUUGACCUUGCCGAUCUCGAGCUCGACGAUGAUGCUACAGAUUCCGAGCCUGAGGAAGACGACGACGAAGACAUUGCAGACCCUAUAGAGGCCGAGCGCAAGAAGCGCGCAGCAACAGCCGAGAAGCUCAGGCGAAAGGCUGGAGAGCCGAAGAAGCCGCAGAUCGAGGAGUUGUACAAGCUUAGCCCGAGCUUCGUUAGCAUGCUGAGAGGUGUUCUUGCUCGAUAG